AUGGAUCCCAAUUCCAAUCCCAACUCCAAAUCCUCCACCAGAUUUCAUAACCCUUUUGGAUCAAGAAUAGUAAAAACUGUGUUUUUCCGAACACUACUUCUUGCUACUGCUAUUUCCAUCGUUUCGCUUCUUCACUCACUACCCACCAUGGAUUUAGUUCCCAAAACCUAUGACCACGAUUGCACCAUUGAACUCGAAGAUUCAAACAUCACUGUAUCACCAGGUUCUUAUCUCUUCCAGAGUAGAAUCAUAAACAAUUUCUGGGGUUCCUUUGACUCAUUGAAUUGCAAAAAAGAAAUCAACUUGGUUUCAAGCGUAGUCAAAGAGUUGAAAUCUCAACAUAGACUCAUGAAUCAUAGCGUAGAAACUCUUUGUAUUGGUGAAGCUUCAAACAUAGCUGUUUCCACUUUGCAGAAACUCGGUUUCUCCAAUGUGAUUAACCAUAGCUUUUUCUCAUUCAAUAAGAAGAAUUUUGUUUACUCGCUUGAUCGGUACCGCGACAGUUCGUUCGACUUUGUUUUGUCCGAUGAUUUCGGGAAAGUUACUGUCCCUGCAUUGCUUGUUCUUGAAGUUGAACGGAUUCUUAAACCUAACGGAAUCGGUGUUUUGCUUUUGGAUUUUGAUACUGAGAGCGAGAGUGUUUUUUCCAUUCAUAACAUUAACAACAUUAACAUGAUAAGAACUGCUUCACCGGUUUCUUCAUUGUUGCGAUUUUCGUCUAUUUUUCAUGUCGGAGUUGUCAAUAAUCACGGCCUUAUUGUUUUCAAGAAAAACUCAGAAUCAGAACCAGAACCAGAACCUCAAAGUGAAAACAGAAGGUCGUUAUUCUAUCAUGAAGAUCUUCCAGAAGAUUGUAGAAGUGUUAACUCUACUAAGAAAUUCAUGAAUCUAAUGGAGCCACUUAUGAAAGAAAGAUCAUAUGAGAAAAAAAUCACUUAUUUGCCUAAGUUUGUGAAUGUUUCUACAUACAAGAAGAAUCUGGUUUAUGUUAACAUUGGUGAAAGUGAGGUUAAUUAUUGGUUUCCGGAAUCUUAUCCAAUUGAUAAGAAAGAUUUCAAUGUUUACUUUGUUCAUUACAACGCUUCCGUUAUCUUAUCGCACGUGAAAGAACCGCGUGUUACAUUUGUUUAUCAUCCGAAACUGAAUGAAAAUUACAACCUCUCGCUCGAAGGCGAGGCUAAUGACGUGGAUGAAUAUAUGGAGGAGGAAGAGUUUGAUUUGGUUGUUUGGUUUAAGGAAACCGUGAAGAAUGCUGAUUUUGUUGUGCUUAAGAUGAAUGCGGGGAGAGUUGAAAUGAAGUUUCUUUAUGAUAUAUACAAAAAUGGAGUUAUGUGUUUUGUUGAUGAGAUGUUUCUUAGCUGCGAAGAGAGUGAAGAUGGUGAAAAAUGCAUGGAUGUUUAUAAUGGUCUUAGAACCAAUGGUGUUUUUGUUCAUCAAUGGUGGAAUAGUGAAUGA